GCGACAGCCGUCUACAAGGGAGGCUGUCCGUUUUGUACCCUGCUCCAACGUCGUGGCCGUGGGGUUGAAUCACUAGGCAACCAGCAGUGCGCGUCCUGACAUCCAGUGACACGUGUAAAGGACAGCGUCCCGGUGCGUGUUCGGUUCGUUUUGCUGUUGAUGUUGUUUGUUGUUACUUGGGAACUGACUGUGCCCAGUCAUCUCUUGUCAUAUCACAGUUCUUAGCUGUUUAUACACAAAGGACGCAGCCUCUAGGCAUCUCCUUCGCGCGUUCAUUUGUAUCACCUCAUCUGAACCUCGAAACACUGAUCAAAACAGAAUUAUGAGAAUUUAAUUUUUGGUAAAUAUUUCGAGAUAUAUAUAUAUAUUUUAUCCGUGAAAAGUGAUAUAUUUAUGUAGAAAGCUUAAAUUAUGUAUCGUUUUUAAAAAUCUACAUAUUAGAAAGUAAUUUUAUUGUACUUUUGGGCAUCGAGAAGGUUUAAAUUUAUAUUCUUGAACGUUGAACAUUUUACGAACUACAGACUAGAAAUACUGAAGUUGAACCUGCAACGGACAUUGAAUACUAGGCACUUUCAGAACUGACUGCAUUGUCCCUGGUAGAAAAGAGGCGAGUCAUAAAACGUUGAAAAUUUCUGAUACGGGAAGGAAGUUCCUACUUGAAGCGAAGUCGAGACGGAGACGAAACACUUUGCGUGCUGAAACCGUACAACCUGGAAGAAGUUCAACCAGUGACAUAAAGAGGGAUGUUUUCGGGCUCACGCCGUAGUCUUUGGUAAAAGUGAAGUUUAACGGGCGACACAAAGUUCGACCGUCUUUCGAACUGAAGACGCAGUCCCUGAUAGAACGAAAGCUGAGCCAGCGACGGACGAAGACGAAGAAGGGACAGACGAAUUCGCCUCGUGACGAAGAGUGCAGCUGAAUGCCAGCAAGUCUGUUGCCGUAUCUUCCGGUGACGCUCGGAGCAAGAUCCCCGUCAGCAGGUGUCCCAAUGUUAGCCAUGUCAACGCUGAUGAUGCCUGCAGCCACGAUGACCACCAUGACGAACCCGGGACCCAUUCCCGUGGCUCAGGCAAAGUUCGCUGCCGGCGGUGGUGGGGGUGUCGGAGGAGUCGUUGGGGAACGAACUGGGGGCGAACCCAACGGCAAACUUGCCCCGUUGAACCACAACACAACUGGGAACAAAUCAGAACACUACCACAUAUUUGUCGGAGACCUCAGUCCAGAGAUUGAAACUCAGACACUUAGAGAAGCAUUUGCGCCUUUCGGUGAGAUUUCCGACUGCAGAGUGGUGAGAGACCCUCAGACUUUGAAGUCCAAAGGUUAUGGGUUCGUGUCCUUCGUCAAAAAAGCGGAGGCAGAGAGCGCUAUUGCUGCCAUGAACGGUCAGUGGCUGGGCAGCAGGAGCAUCCGGACCAACUGGGCAACCAGGAAGCCUCCCGCCCCCAAGAAUGAAGUGAACGCGAAGCCACUCACGUUCGAUGAGGUGUACAACCAGUCAAGCCCCACCAACUGCACGGUGUACUGCGGGGGUCUCACCAAUGGCCUCACUGAGGAACUCAUGCAGAAAACCUUCUCAGCUUUCGGAAACAUCCAGGAGAUCCGAGUUUUCAAGGACAAGGGCUACGCCUUCGUCAGAUUCUCGACCAAGGAGUCAGCUACCCACGCCAUCGUGGCUGUUCACAACACGGAUAUCAAUGGUCAGACGGUGAAGUGUUCCUGGGGAAAGGAAUCCGGAGAUCCUAACAACGCCCAGGCUACCGGACAGGUGAGUGAACAGCCCCUGACAGGAGCACAGUAUCCGUACGCGUAUGGCCAACAGAUGGGGUACUGGUACCCUCAGAGCUACCCUGCCACAGCAGCAACGGCAGCUGCAGCGCAGAUGCAGGGCCAGUUCCUGCAGGGGAUGCAGGGGUACACGUAUGGACAAUUCGGCUACCAGCAGGGAUAUAUGGGCAGAAUGGGGAUGCAACUUCCGGCGGCUUGGCAGGGGAUGCCCGGCCAGCCUCAGAUUCCGGCCGCCGCCCAGCAGAUGGCAGCAGCGGCGCAAGGGGCAGCUAUGCAGCAACCUGGAGGAAUGAUGGCCUAUCCAAUGCAACAGUUUCAGUUAUCUGAUGACGAUUGGUUAGCCCCUAGUCUACUGGUUUGAUGGUAAGGAUGGUGCAGCCCACAAGAACCACAACAAAGUGCGUGAGGUUGGGGUAUGUGCAUGCCCCUCCGUCACCACAUCGACCCUCCCUCAUCCCUCCUGCGGAGCCACGAAAGACAAGUGGAGAAGACACGCCAAUUUGCAUGCUAACAUAUAAAUACUGGAACCAUCAGCAGACGCUACAAGAACGCCUCGGCGCUAUGCACUGAAAAUUGUGAACAAAAUAUAAAGAGUGAAGAACAAUUGUUUGUCUUACAUAUAUAUAAAGCACUAUAUAAAUAUAACCUAGAAACAUGAAGAUAUGUGAAAUGUAAAAAAAAUUGGGUGGGGCUUAUUUUCAUAGUACCGAUUAACAAGAGGUUACCAUGGUUUGCGUGUAGUUGUUAAUGAUGUGGGGGAAAUAUAUAACGAGGAGAGGAUAUCUCUUUAAUAUGUACAAAGUUCAGUGUUACAAACGAAAACAAGAACCUACCCAAUGUAGUUUGUAGAAAAACACACCCUAGGCCAUAACAGGAAGGGUUUGUUGUUGGUCAUCUAUAAAAAUAUACAAAAAUACCAAAAAAUAUAAUCACGUAACCAAAUUAGCAACUGGUAGCAUAGAUUUUAAAUGUAGUGUUGAAACAUAGAGCAAUGUAACCCAGUGUUCUAUCUGUAUCCGCCAUGAGAUGCAUACUGAGAUGUCAAAUCUACAAUAUGCAAGGGAAUUUUACAUUUAAAACUGGUAAAAGCCAUAAUAACGAAAAAUAUAACAUAUAUCAGGCAAAAGAUCGCUAUUCAUUAGAAUUUAGCUUUGUCAUAGGAAACAAAACAAUUAGUGUUAGUGUUGUAGCUACUAUCAGACGGUUUGUAUAUAUAUAUUAGCAUUUCAUAUUCCUUCUGCAUGCUUCAGGUUUGACAUCCCGGCAGCUACAGUGAGUAUAGUGUAACAUGUACACACCCACAUCCCAAUUCUACCCCUCCAUUACCUGCCCUCUGCCCCACCACCGAGCUCCGUGGUACAUCUGUAAAAGAUGGCACCUUCCAAAUCAACCAGGAGUCAAUACUCUGUACUGGUUUUGUGCAAGUGGUUUCAUAUGUUAUUUAGUUAUAGUAUCAAAGACGUACAGCUAAUAUUAACGAAACAUUUUAAAGAAACCAUCGAAAAGUCACGUGAUUUGAAGCAAUUCAUUAUCAUAAUUUAAUAUGUUAAAAUUUAAUGUACAAUGCGGGAAGUAUCUAGAUGGAUAUUUGCGUUAUUUUAAUAAAGAUAUUUGCAUUCAAAUUGAAUAAACCGCUUAUAUGAAAUUACUAUAAAAAUCUGAUUAGUUAAACAGAGAGAUUAAAAAGAAAGGUAGUGUUUUAUUGCAAAUUUUAAGUAAAUGUUCCAGUUUGAUAUAUUUGCAAAUAUUUUGUAUGGUUAGACUUUUCUUAUUUUAUACAAAGUGACUAUUUUUGUUAUGCCUUUCAAACGAUAAAAUUCAAGUUAUUUCAUAAAUAUACAUAUAAGGAACAUAAAAAAAAUUUGGAGUAGCGCGAUACGAAAUUCUGCUUUCAAUCUUCCAUUAUUUUAACUUUGGAGCGUUCUACCAGAUGGAUCUUCCUCCCCCAACUACUCCUCUCCUGUCCCGUACAAUAUGUUAAUACUUUAUGAAAUUUCAGGUUAAGUAGUUCUACAGAAAUUUUGUUCUCAUGAAAAAGGCAUGCAGUUAUUUGCAUUGCAUGAAGGUAUCCUAACAAAUAUAUAUUUAUAACAUUACAAAAGGUAGAAAUAACCUGAAAUAGAGAAGAUAUAUCUAGCCAUGGGAUUCGAGCAAUCAAAUUAUAUAAUGAACCACCACUGCGAGAUUUGGCAAGACGGUAAAUCGUUUCACGGUGCUACUUUUAUCCAAAGAAACAAACUGUUUUAAUGUUCAGAGACUGUAAAUGAUAUUGUCCCCUUCCGUUUUGAUUUAACUGAUGACCAGAUCUGCUGGCUGAUAAGAGCAGAUGGAAAUUGGUGAUAUGUGCUUUACUCUAUACAUAGAGAGGGAUAAUCGGUUUCCUUUGAGCGUAAAUAAAAUUUAUCAAGUUCA